AUGGCAAAAAAGUGUAAAAGUUGCGGAGGAACCAAGUUCAUCACCGCCCAUACCUCGACUUCCGGGGACGUCUCGUGCGCUAAUUGUGGUUGGGUGCUUGAACUGAGCUCGUUAGUUGCCGAUUUACAAUGGUCCGAAAAUAGUGCUGGGGGAGCGGUACUUAAUGGUCAAAACAUUAGACUUGAUCAAACCUCGGGAUCCAAUUCCCUUAAGUCUAGAGAUAUCACAAUUAUGAACGCCAAACGGAAAAUCAACGCGUUAGCUAGUGCGUUACGUAUCCCGCACCCAAUAGCUGAUUCUGCCGCUAAUUGGUUCAGUCUAGCAUUAAACAACAAUUUCGUCAAAGGUAGAAAGUCUCAGAAUGUUGUUGCUGCGUGCUUAUAUAUUGCUUGUCGUAAGGAAAAAACACAUCACAUGUUGGUGGAUUUUUCCUCGAAGUUACAGCUUAGCGUUUACAGUAUUGGUUCCACUUUUUUAAAGAUGGUGAAGGCCCUUAAUAUUACUUCAUUACCAUUGACAGACCCCAGCUUAUUCAUUCAACACUUUUCUGAUAGAUUGGCAUUUGGUAACAAGAAAGUAAAAGUGAUCAGAGACGCCACGAAAUUGGCCCAUAGAAUGUCCCAAGAUUGGAUUUAUGAAGGGAGAAGGCCUGCGGGUAUUGCCGGGGCUUGCGUGUUGUUGGCAGCAAGAAUGAAUAAUUUCAGAAGAACCCAUGAUGAGAUCAUUGCUUUAGCACAUGUUGGUGAGGAAACCAUUAGAAGAAGAUUAAAUGAGUUCAAAAAAACUAACUCCAGUGGUAUGUCAAUUACGCAAUUUAGAAAUACUGAUAAUUCUGCCAUUAAAUCCACUUUGCCGCCGGUAUUUAUCAAACAUAAUGAAGCACCAACCGAUCAAGCAAAGAAAAAGAAGAAAAUCGAUGAGUUUGGUAAUACGUUGAUCGAACGGUUCAUUACUUCUGAAGCAGCCGGUACAAGUGAAGAUAUUAAGAAAGCUAUUAGUAAAUUAUGCGGUGAUUUGGAAAAGGCGAAGAAAUCAAUUGAAACCAAUGAACGAGACAGACUAAGAAAAAAAGAAAUAUUAGAAGAAAAGGAUGAGGCUUCACAAAAGGAUAAUGCUAAUAGUGAAAUGCAAACUAAGGACGGUGCAGAGACAAGGGAAAGUACUCCUUCAGCUGUCAUUGAUAGUGAUGAUGAGGCAGAAGGAAUCAAUAGAAAAGAGGAGGCAGAGGCUGAUGCACUUCUUCAGGAGAUUGAUGGAGAUGCGUCUGAAGAAGAUAAACAACUCGCGAUGAUUGAAAACAACCGCCCAAGAAACUUAGUGGCGAAUUUACCAAAGACCAACGAGUUAUUAGCCAAGAUCCCUGAUACCGCGGAAAGCUUUUCUGACAUUGAUGAUGAUGAAAUUGCCGCUAGUCUUUUGUCUGAAGAGGAAUCUAAGAUAAAGGAAGAGAUAUUUGUCAAUUUGAAUGGUGACUUCUUGAUCGAGUUAGAACAAAAAAGACUUAAACAGGAAGCUGACGAGUUGGUUGGUCAUGGAAGACCUAUCAAAAGAAGAAGAAAUAAUAAAACGAAAAGUGAAUCAGAACUUUCUGCGGCGUCGGCAGCUGGGUAUAUCAACUCUGGCAUCUUUGGAGGCAGUGACUUUGAGAACAAGGCUAUUAAUGGUGCAUUAAUGGAUCUCAACGAUAAAGGUGAUUUCAAGGCUGCCACCAGUGCUAGUAUGAAGACGAUGUUGAGAAGUCGCCAAGCGUCUACAAAGUUGAAUUAUAAUGCUAUUGAUACUAUUCUUUAUGGUUGA